GAGAUGACGAUUUUUCCAGGUGAUUUCAACCAUACUUGCCCUUCUACAAUGGCCUGCUAGAUGGCGCUACCGAGCAGCAAGUCCAACUUGUCUCCCAGCAGGCCCUGCGCCGUCCUUUCCCGAUCCAGAUUUCAACAUGGGUCGCGUUCGUACGAAGACGAUCAAAAAGGCGGCUCGGGUGAUCAUCGAGAAAUACUACACCCGGCUUACCCUCGACUUCCACACAAACAAGCGGAUAUGUGAGGAAAUAGCCAUCAUUCCCAGCAAAAAACUGAGGAACAAGGUUGCAGGGUUUGUGACCCAUCUGAUGAAGCGUAUCCAGCGAGGACCAGUCCGUGGUAUCUCCAUCAAGCUGCAGGAGGAGGAGAGGGAGAGGAGAGACAACUAUGUUCCUGAGGUGUCUGCAAUUGACCAGGACAUCAUUGAAGUGGACCCUGACACCAAGGAGAUGUUGAAGUCUCUGGACUUUGGUAACAUCUCAGGUCUGCAGGUGACACAGCCUGUUGGUGUCCCUGGAUUCAGAGCACCCAAGAACCCCUAGAAUCAGACUUCAUGAAUUUGACUCCAUCCCUGAUGUACGGGUUUUGCAGCCUGUCGGAGUUCCUAGAUUAUUAUAUGCAGCUGAUGUCUGAAUAUGACAUGACUACUACAACAAGUCAGACACACACUAUGUAUGUUUCUCUGAAGAAUAACAGCUGAAUUAAAGAGAAACACAUAUAACAGUA